UUAGUACGAGGAAGUGCUGUACAAAGUGCAACAACGGACGAUGACAUCAUUUUUCGAAUCUCAAAUCUCAAAUUUUUAUUGCAUCUUCCAUCCGUAGAUCCCUGAUUGAAAUWAAAAAAAUACAGUAUCAUGAACGAUCAAAAGCACCGCGGCAUGGUACAAUAUUCAUCAUCAAGCAUCAUGGGAUCAUUCUCCAGACGAACGCGAAUUUGUGUUGUCGGCCUCCUGUUUGCUUCGGGUCGCAAUGCCGAGGCACUGCAGAACCUUUUCAAUGCUAUACAGGGGGGAGGCAGUUCGGCUCCUGCCCCACUCUGCAAACGAGUGGACGUUGGCACACUUUCCGUCUCGCCAAUGGGACUAGGCACUCUGAACCUACCUCUUGACAAGGAAGUUGACGAUGACGCAAAUGAUGUAUUGAAAGCGGCGGUGGAAUGCGACAUCAACUUUGUAGACACCGCAGAGGCGGUAAGUUCUUGUUUGCAUUAUGUUGGAGAUAGGAUGAGUUGAGUCGAUCGAACAGCUUGGCCUUAGUUGCCAUUCGUUGGGGAAAAUUGAUGUUCUAAGAAUAUUGCAUUUCUGUGGUUUCAACUGAUUGAACGAAUCAUCCACCCAGUACGGUUUUGGAAAAUCAGAAACACUACUGAAAAAUGCAUGCGACGGUUCAAAGCUGACGAUUGGAUCCGAUACCGGAAGCUCAGGCAGCAUUGCCGCAGCCACAAAGUUUGCCCCCGUCCCGUGGAGGACGGAAAGCCAAACGGUGGUGGAUGCCUGCAAAGCAUCGGCAUCGAGACUGGGAGUGGAACAAAUACCGCUCUACCAGAUUCACUUUCCAGAUAUCAUCCAGCCCUUGAAGGCAUUCGGGAGGGAGAACAGAAAAGACGAACUCUACUGGGAGGGCCUCGCCGAGUGCUACCAAUCGGGAUUGGCCGCGAAUGUAGGGGUUUCAAACUACGGCCCAGAAACACUGCUUCGGGCCCAAGACGCGUUGUCGAAGAAAGGGGUCCCAAUUGUUUCCAACCAGAUCAAUCUAUCGCUUCUCCACUACCGAAGCUCCGAAAAGACGCUGAAGAUAUGCGAUGAGCUUGGCAUCAAGGUCCUGGCGUAUUUUCCUCUUGCGAACGGGCUCUUGGCAGGGAAAUACUCCAUCGAUUCACCUCCAUCAUUCCCGAAAUCGCUGACAAUGAAGAAAUAUUAUGAAGACGCCGAACCCGUCUUGGUCGUUAUGAGACGAAUUGCUGCUGAACGAAACAAAACGGUCGCACAGGUUGCGAUCAACUGGGUAAUGAUGAAGGGAGCAAUCCCAAUUCCCGGUGCUAGAAAUUCGGAUAUGGCACGAGACAACUUUGGUUCCAUGGGAUGGGCCCUUUCUCCCACGGAAGUGGCCGAACUAGAAAUGGUGGCAUCGAAGACAGGAGAAUUCAGCAACGGUGGUUUUGAGCUGGUCUAAAACAAGAUUAAUUGAGAGCAUAGGCAACAAGU